AUGGCGUCACUAAUGCGAUCGAGGCUAUCCUCGACAAGAGCCGUGUCUGUGCAGGCGCAGGCGAUUAGACAGUUCACACGCUCAAGCGCUUGCAUGACAUCCAGCAAGUAUCUGCAAGAAAGCCCCGUAGACUCUAUGUACUUCCAGAAUGCACUUCCACGCCUGCCUCUGCCUGAGUUAGACGAGUCUUUGGAUCGUUAUCUGGAUUCGAUCAAGCCCGUGACUUCUGCGGAGGAUUAUGCGGCCCACAAGGAG